AAUACGUUUUUGGGAUCAAUAUCACCUGAUAACAUGCAUUCGAUACCGUUGUCACAAUUUUCUGCACACAUUAUGGUUAAAGUGAACUUGUUCACUCAGAUUACUGACAUCUAUUUACUGGGGAAUCUAAUGUAACAGUCCUCUGUCUUCUAAGAUGUGACAAAGACAGGACAGCAGAGGAGACGGGGAAGCCACCAAUUGCCAGGACUUCAUGAGGACAAGUUGUGAGCAUUUUAAUAGAGGACGUACCACAAAAUAUCCCACAGACCAUUUGAGACAUCGAAAUCUGAUGGAGUAUACAUGUAUAUGAGAUGUUGACGAAUUUGUGAGGAGAGCCUGGGACGACACACCACCACGGGACAUCGUGAGAUGCCACAGCCAGUAGUGCUGAGGAAACAACCUGUAUCACUGCUGUAUUGAGGUCAACAAUCUUCUUAUCUGGAGUUAUUUCUCGGAAAGCAGUUUCUUAUCUUCAGACAGAUCACCCAUUGAAAACAUCAUAAGAGACGUCUCCAGUGUGUCUGACACAGGACGAAUAGGUCAUUUUCACCGAAUCCCUGACAACGCUAAAAGACGAGGAACAAAUUUCACAACAUAUUGAACAAUACAAAGGAUUAGUACUUUGCAGGUUUGCAGAGGCCUACAGAAUGGCAAGAAAUAAGGUGGUGAUGUUGUCUUUCGUCUUUGUGAUGGUGACUUUCCCUGUUUUUCAUCUUGACGUCUGUCUUGCAGACAACGCAUCUCGGACAGUGUCAAGUGACUCCGGCUCUCUUCCAUGGACACUUCUAAAAGCUGCACUGUUCCGGUCACCUCCAGAUAGGGAUGGGACCCUGAGAUUCAAGAGGAUACAUCGCGACCAGGAUUUCAAUUGGAAGAUGAAUAACCUGAUGGGGGUAGCGAAAUCACUCGGUCUUAAUUCUUUGCUCGAACUCCUGUCAAGAGGAAACCUCACCAACCUGAUGACGGGGAAGGGCAAUUAUACACUCUUUGCCCCAUCAGAGGCAGCGUUUUCAAAGCUACCCCCAAGACUUCGGGAUGUGAUAUCGAGUGAUGAUGCUUUCUGUAGGCAGUUGAUGCUGUACCACAUGGUGGAGAAGAGAGUGUCAUCUGACGUGUUUGGUAAUGACAUCUUGUUUAAGAGUUUGGCCAAUGAGACCUUCAUUGAGCUUGACUGGACUGAGUGGUAUAAGGUUCGGGUCAAUGCUUACAGGAACGAUGAUGACAAUGAGGUAAUGACUGCCAGUGGUGCUGCCAUCAAACAAACAAACCGUCUUGCCUCAAAUGGUAUCAUCCACGUCAUAGACCAUGUGAUGUUCCCCUUCCCAAAUAUCACCAUUGUGGAGCGCAUUCAGAUAGAUGAUGACCUCAGCAUCUUUGAAUAUCUUCUGUGGAAUUCAACCACGGAGGCGGAGAUAAAUGCGCUCGGAAGCUAUACCGUAUUUGCACCUACAAAUAAAGCAUUUGCCGAAAUUCCAGAAAAAGAGUAUGGUCACCUUGUAAAUGACACAAAGUUGUUAAAAAAGGUGAUGGAGAGACAUGUGAUUAUUACUUCCAUCUACACCGCCUCAUUUUAUGAAAAUAAGCACUUGACAGCUCUUGAUGGAAGUGAACUGGUGGUCGUUCAGGGCCCAGGAGGGACAGACAUCUAUGGCCAUGGUGUCUAUGGCCACAUGUUAGAGAGGGACUUGACAAGUUCAGAUGGUGUCUUGCAUAAAAUAGACUCGCUUCUUUGGGACUGGAGGGGAACACUGCAGCAGGGGGAACACUGAUUUGACACUUCACAGGUCUGUCUUUGGCUUGUUUGGGUCAAGGACAAUAAUUUUAAACAAUCAAACAAAAAUCUUUCAAAGAGUUUGAAUUCUAUGAAUACAAUGAAAUAACAUAACU